GUUUGUUUACUUUUUUAGAUCCGUCCGUUUCACCUGUGAUUAUAACUUCUUACGAUUCCGUCAGUGUAACACUCACCUGGCGUGAAGUGAAUUGUGCCAAUUACUCUGUGGAGUAUGCAUUGCUUAACAAAGAGGGAUGCCAACCCAUCAGCCCAAUUAACUACUUGCAGCACUGCAUGUGCUCUGGAACUAAUGUGACGGUAAUAUCUGAUCUGAUGGCUAACUCGAUGUACAGGAUGCGAGUCAAGGCCUUUGUGGAUGGAAAUCACGGAUCAGCAGAAGAGAAAGAUGUUACGACAAGUACCAGAGAACCGUCUGCCUCACCCGAAAACGUUACACUCCUUGUGCGGAACAAGCGACAAUUGAGUUUCUCUUGGAGCCCGCCACCGUGUGGAAGCCGAGGUGGUAUCAUCACUGGCUACGUAUACAAGCUGAGUGGAAGGGGUCCAACCAUCCUGGAUGACACAGCAUUUAAAUCAGUGACAAUACCUCAAUUAAUCCCUUUCACAAAUUACAGUUUUCAAGUUGCUGCAAAUACCAGUGCAGGAACUGGGCCGUACAGCGAAGUCGUAACUGGAAAAACCCUGGAAGCGGAGCCAACGGUUCCUCUAAAUGUUGCCAUUCAGAAUGUUGAUGACGUUUCAAUCACUGUCAAGUGGUCAGAGCCCGAUCCUCCACAAGGAAUCAUCACCCAGUACAAUGUGCGAUACCGGAGGGAUGGAGAGACAAAAAACAAGACAGAUACUGAUGUGACUCCAUUGGUGUAUAGUAUAAUGAGUCUUGACACCAAUGUGACCUACUAUGUUCAGGUGCAAGCUGAGACGUCCGUGGGUGCGGGUCCGUGGAGUCAGGAAGUCAACGCCACAACCAAGAUUGGAAUUCCUGGGCCUGUGCAGAAUCUUCGAGUGAAAAAUACAACCGAAACGACAAUUACUCUAGAUUGGAACCCGCCACAAAACCCAAAAGGACAUAUUUCCCACUACAUAGUAAGUUCCAAGGUCUUUUCUUCAUCGGAUCAAUACGAGAAAGACGAGGAAACGGCGCCACCAUUCACAAAGGACAAGCUGAACCCGGCAACGGCAUAUGAGUUAGCUGUUUCUGCUCACAACGAGAAGUUCGAGGGAGACUCUGCGUCCCUGGUGGUGUUCACAAAACCACAGACAAAUCCCCCUGAACCCCCGCAGCCCUUGUUCUAUGGUAACGAGACCACGGAAACCACUGUGACGAUUGGGCUUUCCAAACCCGCAGAUGGGGCACAGUUUGUGGAGUCAUAUGUUGUCAGGGUCAAAACAGUAAGCGGAUCGUCGGUGUCCAAAAGGGAUAUUCUGAUUCCAGACCGUUUCGAGGACUCUCCUGCUGACUACCUAGCAGCUGAGUUACCUAGUCGGAAUGCUCCGAACAAAUUCGUCGUCGGGGACACGAAAUUGUACGGCGUUUAUUACAACGCACCGCUCGAAACAGGAGCCGAAUACGAGAUCCGCACUGGAUCGGUCAGUCAAGGCAAUGAAACGGAAGCGUAUGUGACGUACUCAACGCCCUUAAGAGUGACAGUAAAGAAGCCUGGAAUGUCGCCUGGAAUGUCGCCUGCAGUGAUAGCAGCAAUCGUCGUUGUCAUUGUCAUCAUCAUUGUUGGUGUCGUUGUUGCUCUCGUUGUCUACAAAAGGCGUAGAGCGAGCCAUGGAAUGCACCAGAGCGAUAUGGGUUCUGAUUUCCCACUUAACGAGAAGUCUCUAGCAGUGGAUUCUGUAGAAGAGUCACAGGAUUCUGCUGUUCAUCACUACACCAACGAUGGCGCAGCAGUCUCUGACCAACCCAGUCAAAAGCAGCGAAGACCCUUGCCAAAACAACGUCAGAACAAAUCCGAAACUAAACCAGCAGCGGAGGACAAGGAAGCAGUGGAAUUCGUACAGCCACCUCCCAUUCGUAGAGAAGACCUCGCGGAAUACAUCCGCAACAAGGAACUUUCAGGUGAUAAUGGAUUCCUGGCAGACUACAAGUCGCUACCUGAUGGGCAAUUGCAUCCAUGGACAGUAGCAUCAAAACCAGAAAACAAGGCCAAGAACCGUUACGUCAAUGUUAUUGCAUACGAUCACUCUCGAGUUGUGCUGGAACCCAUAGAGGGGGAUCCUCACUCGGAUUAUGUCAACGCUUGUUACAUCAAUGGGUACAAGUCGAAGGGCAAAUACAUCGCCAGCCAAGGACCCAACAAGGCAUCCAUCAAAGACAUAUGGAGAAUGGUGUGGCAGCUGGGCAUCGAUAAGAUUGUGAUGCUCACCAACCCAGUGGAAAAUGGCAAGGUGAAGUGUCUUCAGUACUGGGCUGAUACCGGAUCCACAACGAUCUCAGACAUCGUGGUGACGACAGACAAAGAGGAUGUUUUUCUAGAUUACACCAUUCGUAAUUUCUGCAUACACGAGGUCGGCAGUGAGGACGGCAGUAGAUCUGUGAAGCAGUUUCACUAUACCACCUGGCCGGAUAUGAAGCCGCCAGAGUACCCAGCUCCCGUGCUCAACUUCUUGCGCUUGGUGAAUGCACACCACAACACUGGACGCACAAUGGUGCACUGCAGCGCUGGGGUUGGGCGCACGGGGACAUUCAUCGCACUGGAUGUGAUGCUGAAGCAAAUGCAGAAGGAGGAACAAGUGGACGUUUUUGGUUUCGUCUACCAAAUGCGACAGAACCGUAUCAAGAUGGUGCAGACGCCGGACCAAUACAAGUUCAUCUUCGACGCUCUUCUGGCGGCCAGUGUGACUGGUGACACGACCUACACAACUGAGGGUUUCCGCAAAAAGUUGGCGGGUCUGAAGAAGGUUCAGAAGGGUGCCAAGGAAACAGGCUUACAGCUGCAGUUUGCGAACCUGACUGUGCUGACCGCGAGUCAUGGUAAAAAGGCCGUUAAGUCUGGAGAGUUCCCCGAGAACAAGGACAAAAACCGAUAUCCGGAUUUCGUUCCAAGUGACCGCUCUAGGCCUUUUUUGUUCACAAAAGCGUAUGAUAAGGAUUCCGACUACAUCAAUGCCACCUUCAUGCCAGGCUACCGGAAGAAGAACAUGUAUAUCGGGACACAGAUGCCAAUGCCCAACACCGUCUCCGACUUUUGGCGCAUGGUUUAUGACCACAAAGUGCCCACCAUAGUCAUGUUGAACACAUUUGAUGCCAACGACAAGACCAUGUGUCGUUACUGGCCCGAACAAGGAACCAUCGACUUUGGACCACUCCUCGUCGAGUUGAUCGGAAUCAAAGAGUACAGUGGGAUAACUGAGCGUAACUUCACCCUGAGGAACACGAAGACCAAAGUACUGUCUGAGGACGUGCGAAGAAUCACUCAAUUCCAAUACCAUGACUGGCCGUCUAAUGAGGACGUGCCGAGGUCUGUGAAAGGACUGCUCAGCCUGGUCGAGCUCACGCAAAAGCAGCACGACGACAAGGGACCUACGGCAGUUCACUGCAUGGAUGGACUGGGAAGUACGUCUGUGUUCUGCGCCCUGAUGGCGCUGGUGGAUCAGUUCAAGUUCGAGAAGGCUGUAGAUGUGUUCCAAGCCGUUCAUCGUCUGCGCAUGGUCAACAGCAACAUGAUGUACUCUGAGGGCCAAUUCGCGCUAUGCUAUGACGUGGUCCAGACACUCUUGGACUCUACCAGUAUCUAUGAGAACGUCACACCCUCAAAUGAUUCUGAAAUCUAAAUCUAAGAAGGUAGGACCUAAAUCCAUGAUGGAUGGUCAAUGUAUCACCUACUGAACAGCAAAACAGAACCGCAAAAAUGACGCAAAAAGCCGCCAACAAAGGGCAGUAUAGCUUUGUUUGAGUAGAAUAUCUGACUGCAGUUACUGUCCAAGGAAUGUAGGAAUUAACUUCGGGCCUCACUCGAUUUUUUAUUAAAUCAUAUUUAAUGGUACAGAGGAUAACAUUUCUGCUGAUUGUGCUCUUGCACUCUUUUGUCAAAGCAAACGCUGGAAAAUGAGGAAUAGGCUACUUGAUAAAACUGGACGAACGAUUUUCAUGGCAGCCUCAACCUAGCUCCAAUUUAUCUCUAUAGAAUUGUAUGCCAAAGCCAUAGGGUGCAUUGUUGCGCUCAAAUAGGGAGAAUUGCAGUUUGGAUCUGUUUGAGACAGUUAGAAAUGUUCUUUUGUGUUAUGUUAAAUGUUCGUUUGUGUUAUGUUAAAUGUUCGUUUGUGUUAAAUACCAUUUGCGAUUAUCAGUUUCGUCAAAGAAGCCAUUUUCCGUCGGAUCAUGAUUUUUGGCAAAAAUGUGGCCAAUACAAGCAAUUCAUGAUUUUUGUUAUUAGUAUUUAGUGAAAUCUUAACGAAUAAUAUUAUCUCAUAUAGUACCCAGAGCUAUAUUUUUGCUGCUUUUUACGUAAAUGUUAGAACUAUGCAGGAAUGGAAGCUUUGAAACGCUUGGUGGAGACAAACAUAUCGGUUCUUUUUACAAGUUCUGAACGCGCGUGCAUAAUUCUGAGCACGCCCAACGGGUGAGGCUAUAAGCCUGGCACUCCGUGCAUAACGUUACUACGCAAAACAUCACUGCAUGAAAACCCAGAUAUGGUGGACCGACUACGGACUACACUGCAAACAUGGAGGAAGGAACAACAAGCUCACGACUAGGUCACGCGUGCACAAUGAGUUACAAUUAGGUAUUCGUACAUGGGCAGUUGAACGGAGCCACACGCGUAGUGACGUCAUGCACGGAGUGCCUGGCUUUUAGCCUCAUCCCACGCCCAAAACCUUGAAAAAGGCCGGUAUUUCUGUUGCCAACAGCCCCUCAAAGUCUCCCGUUUGAUGCGGAAAUUGCUGUAUCAAUUAACGAGUAGCUAUUCAGAAAUGACACAGUGUAAGUAAUGAACACAGAGUAAUGCAUAACUGUCCUUAAAUUCGUAGAGCUCCUGCUGAGUAGGAGAAUUCCAAAGAAUGAAUAACAUAACUUUAAUGUUUAAUUGUAUUUAUAUUUCUGUGACAUUAUGAUUCGGAUGCUUAACAGUAUCAUUGAUAAGUUACUUCGCUAUCACGGUGUGGCAUGCUUUUCUGUCGCAAACGCAUGUCUUACUACUGAGUCAAAGGGAACGAACUUUUUGUCUAAAAUGUUGGUGCUUUCAAAAAAUCAGGAACAAAUCUCAAGAGGGCUGUGCCCCUCUACCCCACCUCUUCCCGCCGGAUACACAACUGCUCUCUUCGCGAAAAUGCUCUUAUAAUUGCUGAGAGUUAAGAAUUUUAAAUAGUAUCGAUUAAAAUUUGUAAAUUAUAGUCAAGCAUGAACACGUCAAGCAUGUACAUUGUAAACAGUUGAAUAUGGGCGAUUGGCAAUAGUGUACUUCAAUAGUUUGCAACGCGUUGACCAAUCACAGUGCGUGAAAUCUGUCGACCCAAUGCGCGAAGUUCCGCUGAUGUCUUGCUGUCGUUUUGACACCGAUAGGAAUAGACAAACCUUUUCUCCCAAAAUACCCAAUUCUUGUAGUACGGGUUGGCAACAGAGUAUGAAAGGUCUCAGGAUGUGAUUUAUGAAUAGAUCAAGAAAACACUUUUAAAGAUUAAUUUGAAGCAUAAAGGAUACGCUUAUACAUGGACGAUCUAACAUAACGUGCAUGCAUAGUCUGGGAAAGUCUGGCGACAACCUGGAUCCUGGGGCGGAACCCGCCUAUCGAGGGCUGCGAGGUAAAAAAAAAUGUCCUUUUAUAUAGGUUUUUAAAUUGUCAUACUUAAUGUGUCAUCCCAUAAAGAAAAUAUGAAUUGUUCGCUUGAAAUAUUUUAUACUAAGAAUUUCUAUGCAAAUUUUGGUAUCAUAUAUUUAAAACGACGAUUGUAAAUGUGUACCGAUUGUGGUGUAAACUAUUGAUGUCAAAUAAUUGUGGUGAAAUAUUUUAUGAUAACAAUCUACCAUAUUUUUAUUUUAUGAAAAGAUCAGACAAUUUAAAUGUUUCCUGCAUCAUUUUCAAACAUAAACCGCUUCCUGUGAGUAUUAUCUUACAGGGUAAUGUACAUGUAUACGGCCCACAUAUCUUUUCUAAAUGAGUUCGAUUAGUUUAAUAAAAAUAUUUGCUAAUUGCAGUAUUUUGUUGAACAGAAUGUAAGAAGGAUAUCAGUAUGAAGUUAACGUAUUGAGGUGUAACGAUGUUGCGAAUUUCAAAGAACGACUUUGCUUAUAAUGUUGACUAUACCAUAUCACACCGUUGUUUCCACCGAGACAUGUUUAAACGCAUGCAAAUAUUUCAAUCCAGAAACACAGACUCUCCAAUAAAUGUGCGUUCCAAUCGAACCAUUA